AUGUCCAUAUCAGCAUUAUUCGCAAUAGCCAAAAGAGCGCAUCUCCUCCGCGGCCUUCGUCCCGCGGCCACGUACCGGUGCCCGGGCGAAGCGCUGCUGCUGUCCCGCGUCGGGCCCGCAGCCCUAGGCUCGGCGGCGGCCCACUCGGCCGCACUGCUGGGCCGGGCCCACGGGCAGCCCGCCGCCGCCGCCCUGCAGCCGGGGCUCGCGCCGUCCGGCCGGCGACACUACAGCAAGGCGGCGGCCGACCGCGAGGACGACCCCAACUUCUUCAACACGGUGGACGGCUUCUUCGACCGCGGCGCCAGCAUCGUGGAGGACAAGCUGGUGGACGACCUCAAGACCCGGGAGAGCGAGGAGCAGAAGCGGAACCGGGUGCGUGGCGUCCUGCGGGUCAUCAAGCCCUGCAACCACGUGCUGCGCCUGUCCUUCCGCAUCCGGCGCGACGGCGGCUCCUGGGAGGUCAUCGAGGGCUACCGGGCCCAGCACAGCCUGCACCGCACGCCCUGCAAGGGAGGUAUCCGUUACAGCACUGAUGUGAGUGUAGAUGAAGUAAAAGCUCUGGCUUCUCUGAUGGCAUAUAAGUGUGCAGUGGUCGAUGUGCCAUUUGGGGGUGCCAAAGCUCGUGUUAAGAUCAAUCCCAAGAACUAUACCGAUAAUGAAUUGGAAAACGUCACAAGGAGGUUCACCAUGGAGCUGGCAAAGAAGGGCUUUAUUGGUCUUGGCAUUGAUGUACCUGCCCCAGACAUGAGCACGGGCGAGCGGGAGAUGUCCUGGAUUGCUGACACCUAUGCUAGCACCAUAGGGCACUAUGAUAUUAAUGCCCAUGCCUGUGUUACCGGUAAGCAUCAGGGUGGAAUCCACGGACGGAUCUCUGCUGCUGGUUGGGGAGUUUUCCAUGGGAUUGAAAACUUCAUCAAUGAAGCUUCUUACAUGAGUAUUUUAGGAAUGACACCAGGAUUUGGAGAUAAAACAUUUGUUGUUCAGGGAUUUGGUAAUGUGGGCCUGCCCUCUAUGAGAUAUUUACAUCGUUUUGGUGCUAAAUGUGUUGGUGUUGGUGAAUCUGAUGGGAGCAUAUGGAAUCCAGAUGGUAUUGACCCAAAGGAACUGGAAGACUUCAAAUUGCAACAUGGAACAAUCCUGGGCUUCCCCAAAGCAAAGAUCUGUGAAGGGAGCAUCUUGGAGGCAGACUGUGACAUAUUGAUCCUUGCUGCCAGCGAGAAGCAGCUGACCAAGUCCAGUGCACCCAGAGUCAAAGCCAAGAUCAUUGCUGAAGGUGCCAACGGACCGACAACUCCAGAAGCUGGUAAGAUUUUCCUAGAGAGGAACGUCAUGGUUAUUCCAGAUCUCUACUUGAAUGCUGGAGGAGUGACAGUAUCUUACUUUGAGUGGCUGAAGGAUCUGAAUCAUGUCAGCUAUGGCCGUUUGACCUUCAAAUAUGAAUGGGAUUCUAACUACCGCUUCCUCAUGUCUGUUCAAGAGAGUUUGGAAAGGAAAUUUGGAAAGCAUGGUGGAACUAUUCCCAUUGUACCCACAGCAGAGUUCCAAGACAGGAUAUCGGGUGCCUCUGAGAAAGACGUCGUGCACUCUGGCUUAGCUUACACCAUGGAGCGCUCUGCCAGGCAAAUUAUGUGCACAGCCAUGAGGUAUAACCUAGGAUUGGACCCGAGAACAGCUGCCUAUGUCAACGCCAUCGAGAAAGUCUUCAAGGUGUACAAUGAAGCUGGUGUGACCUUCACAUAGACCGGACCGGACUGCGGCUGACUUCUUCACUACCCUCUCCACCUC